GAAUCUCCCAUCCACUGUACAGCCAGGGGCCCCAGAGCUCUUCCUGCCAUCCCUUCUUGCCUCGGGAGUCUGAAGGAGCUGCUGCUGCUCUGCCAGUGCCUCCACUGCAGCCUGGCCCUCGUGGGAGGACAGGGGCCGUCGCCAUGUCGGUGUCGCACAGCUCCAGGCUGAACAAGCUGGUGCGGGAGCAGUACAUGAGGCUGCCCCAGGAUGGGAGGGUUCAGGUCACCUACGUCUGGAUCGACGGCAGCGGCGAGGGCGUGCGCUGCAAGAGCAGGACCCUCGAUAAGGAGCCCAAGAGCAUCGAAGAUGUCCCCGAGUGGAAUUUCGAUGGCUCCAGCACGGCACAGGCAGAGGGCUCCAACAGUGACAUGUUCCUGGUGCCGGUCUGCAUGUUCAGGGACCCCUUUUGCCUGGACCCCAACAAGCUGGUGCUCUGCGAAGUGCUGAAGUACAACAGGAAACCCGCAGAGACCAACCUGAGACACACGUGCAAGAAAGUCAUGGACCUGGUGAAGGACAGCCACCCCUGGUUCGGGAUGGAGCAGGAGUACACCCUGCUGGGCAUCAACGGCCACCCCUACGGCUGGCCCGACAACGGCUUCCCCGGCCCGCAGGGCCCCUAUUACUGCGGGGUUGGAGCAGAUAAGGUGUACGGGCGUGAUAUCGUGGAGUCCCACUACAAGGCUUGUCUUUAUGCGGGGGUGAAGAUCUGUGGCACCAAUGCCGAGGUGAUGCCCUCCCAGUGGGAAUUCCAGGUGGGCCCGUGUGAAGGCAUUGAGAUGGGGGAUCACCUCUGGAUGGCUCGGUUCAUCCUGCACCGUGUCUGCGAGGACUUUGGGGUUGUGGCCACUCUGGACCCCAAACCGAUGACCGGCAACUGGAACGGCGCCGGCUGUCACACCAACUACAGCACCGAGGAGAUGCGCAGAGAGGGGGGUCUCAAGCACAUCGAAGCUGCCAUCGAGAAGCUGAGCAAGCGGCACGAUUACCACAUCUGCGUGUACGACCCGCGGGGCGGCAGGGACAACUCCCGGCGCCUCACCGGCCACCACGAGACUUCCAACAUCUUCGAGUUCUCCGCCGGCGUGGCCAACCGAGGCGCCAGCAUCCGCAUCCCCCGCCAGGUGGGCCAGGAUGGCUACGGCUACUUCGAGGACCGGCGGCCGGCGGCCAACUGCGACCCCUACGCGGUCACCGAGGCCAUCAUGAGGACGACGGUGCUCAACGAGACCGGGGUGGAGACCAAGGACUACGCUGACCACUGAGGCACCAGGGUGGGUGGAGGUUCUCGUGCCUACAGUAGCUUCUCACGUGGGAUUUGUGCCUGUGCGGUGUCUUCAGCUGCAAGCUCAGACUCUUUAGGAACCUCGCUUCUGGUCUUGUGAAACUUCGCCUUAGAAAUAUGUAUUUUAUAGCAAGAGGGAGGGGCCCAACCUAUUUUCUCAACUACUUUGUUUUUUCUGGUUCCUGGUUUUAGGUCAUGAGGUUUUUUUUUUUAAAAAAAAAAAAUUUGGAUUGAAUUUUUUUUUCCCCAAUGGACUUUACACUGUGAUGUACAUAGAUUCCAAUGUGGAUGCUACAGCUGCUGCUGUUUGCACCUGUGGAGGGUGGAUGCUUUUUUUUUUUUUUUUUCCAUAUCUCUGUUGCAAGGAAAUGAUAAUAAAUAAUUUUCCUGGCUGCGUGGCAGCUGGGUUAUGCUGUGGCGAGUGCAUUUUCCUGUAA